AUGAAUGCAGGACCAAUGAAAAGACCACACACCACACUUCCCCCUUCGUGGGUCACCAAGCUGCAACCCUCGAAACCACACGGGCCAGACCUCUUAUCCUCCGAAAGACAGAACUCGGUUAUUGAUCCAAAUAUUUUGGCGAAUUUGCUUCAUACAAAGGAAGCCGUGGAAAUCCAACGUCGCGUGUUGGAGGUGCUCCAAAACGAUGAAGUGUUCGACAAAACUGGAAAUUACUUCGGUUCGAGGUUGGAGCAAUUCAAGACCUCCCUGUCCCGAGGCAAAAGACUGCAUCAACUCCAACAAGCUUAUCACUGGAAUGAGCAAGAGUUCGCAUGUGCCCUCGAGCUCAUUGGAGAUUCGACGGCAUACGCGAUCCAUUGGAAAGGGUUCUUGUCCGGCAUUCGCGAGCAAGGGACUCCCGAGCAGCAGGAGUUAUUCUUGCGACGCGCUGAGAAGAUGGAGAUCAUCGGCUGCUUUUGUCAAACUGAACUGGGCCAUGGCUCCAAUGUGCGGAAGCUCGAGACGACUGCCACCUGGGAUCCCUCCGAUCAAACAUUCAUCCUUCAUUCACCGCAUUUGACAGCUUCCAAGUGGUGGGCGGGGACUUUGGGUCGAACAGCAAACUAUGCAAUAAUCAUGGCACAGUUGAUUAUUGCAGGCAAGGAGUACGGGCCGCAUCCGUUCGUCUGCCAGAUUAGAGAUCUAGUCACUCAUGAGCCCCUGGGUGGGAUCUACGUUGGGGAUAUCGGUCCGAAGUUUGGUUAUAACAUGGUGGACAAUGGUUUCUUGCUGCUCAACCAAGUCAAGAUCCCCCAUGUGAAUAUGCUUGCGAGGUUUUCCCGAGUCGAUCCCAAGACGAAUACGUACAUUCCGCCCGAGUCGCCUGCCCGUAUUUAUGUUACACUGACAAAGAUUCGAUGUGCGCUUGUACUGGAAUCCGCGCGUAAUAUGGCGCGUGGCCUUACCAUUGCCAUACGCUACAGCGCCGUCAGAUGUCAAUUCCAAGACCCUGCCGGCAAUCCUGCGCAAAUCGGAGAGACGCAGGUCCUGGAUUACACGAUGGUACAAUAUCGACUUUUGCCUUUACUUGCCGAGUCACUGGCGUUGAACUUUACGGGACAAGCCACCAUCGCCUUUCACGGUGAGACUAAAGACACAGGAAAAGUCGGCCAGCCUGGCAACAGCGCAGACAGCCGCAAAGAAGUGCUCGCGGAGCUCCAUGCGACAUCUUGCGGCCUGAAAGCUUACGCCACCAGUGCGGCUGCUCAAGGCUUAGAAUUAUGUCGGCGGGCUUGUGGCGGUCAUGGAUAUUCAAGUUUCUCGGGUAUCGGGAAUGUGUUUAAGGACUACGUUGCUUCUCAAACUUACGAGGGCGAUAAUUUUGUUCUGGGUCAACAAACCGCGAAUUAUCUGCUGAAGCAGGCACAAAUGGUCGCUCAAGGAACCCCAUCGGAAAGCAUCGCAGGAAAAAACCUUUCUCGAUACGCCGCAGUGAAGAACGAGCCAAUCCGGUUCAGCUUGGAUAGUGAUGGAGACUUAGUUGCAGUUUUCGGUUGGAGAGCGGCGUAUCUCACGUUCAAGACGCUCCAGCAAAGCCUUAUUCCAGGCAAAACCCGGAACCAGCUCCAGGUUGCCAUGUGGAAGCUGUGUACAGCUCAUUGCCAAUUCCUGGUGAUCCGAGGAUUCUACGAGCGGCUGGCAGUCCUCGCGUCAACGCCAACGCCCGAACCUCAGCUAGGUCCGGAAGCCCGUGAAGUCUUAUGGAAGCUUUUCCGUCUGUACGCGGUCUUCCUGAUUCAGUCCGAGCCCUACGACUUUUUUGCCUCGAAAGCGCUCCAAGUUGAACAGUUGGAACACGCAAACACCGUCAUGUUUAUGCAGCUGCUGGCUGAUAUAAGGCCCCAUGCAGUGAAGCUGGUGGACGCCUGGAACCUGCCGGAUUGGCUUCUAGAUAGCUCCCUCGGCCGCUAUGAUGGCCGAGUAUAUGAGGACCUUUUCCAACGUGCGACCCAGUCGAAUCCGUUGAAUCGCAUUUCCGUUGAUCCGCGCCCAUACAGUUCUACCAUUAUCAAGGACGAAAGCGUGAGUGGGGCUCGCAGCAACCUCUAG